AUGGCCACCGACUCUUCCUACCCCGUCGAGUUCUUCCACCGCGGCGGCGGCGACGGCGACGGCGACGGCCAAUGGUGCAGCCUCGGCGCCGCCUACGCCGCCGUCCGGGUCCUCCGCCCGCAGGGCCACUCCCUCGUCAUGUACACCGUUCCCGACGACCGGCCCCACCAGCGGAUCCUCUUCGCGUACCCGAUCCUCCAUGGCGACGCCUUCGAGAGGCUGGACGGGUCCACGCUCUCCUGGGCGGGGCAAGGCUCCGGCGAUGAGUUUGCUCUCUGCUUCCGCGACGAGGCCGCCUGCGCAGCGAUCUGCGGCGCCAUCUCCCCGGUGACGACGGCGCUUGCAGCCCUGGACGACAUCGCUGACAGGCUCGAGGGGUUGCGAGUGGCCGCGGCGGAGGGGGGCGCCACGGCCGCCGGAGGGGACAUCGCUUGUCGGCUCGCGCAGCUUAGCUUAGCCCGCGGGCCAUGA